AUGAACACUCCAGAAUCCCAGGAUGAAAUCGAGGUUGAUAGCGCCGCUGGAAGUGUAAGUGCUUCCAUCUCAUCGAUUGAACCAAUAGCGCCAACGAACGAUGAUGAAGGCCUAGUGGAGAGCAUAUCAAUAAACGAUGGUGAAGAACAGCUUGAAACAGAAGAUCCUACUUUGGCCAAGUACCGCAAUGCAUGCCAGACUGGAGAUCUUGUGACGAUCCGAACGUUGGUCGAAUCCGGUGUAAUUGAUCCAAGACAUGAUUAUAGCGAUGAGGAAAGAGUUACCGGUCUACAUUGGGCCUGUAUCAAUAACAGACUGGGGGUGGUGCAAUAUCUUCUCGAUAAUGGAGCUGAUAUCAACUUUGCGGGCGGUAAAUUAGAUGCAACGCCCCUACAUUGGGCCGCCAGGUACGGCUAUGUUUACAUCGUGCAUUACCUACUGGAAAAAGGAGCUGAUUCAAGGCUUCUGGACAAACAAGGUUUCAAUCUUUUGCAUCUAUCAAUAAAUUCUUCGAAUGUGAUGCUCGUACUUUAUUGCCUCCUUUUCAUUGUCGGCGAUGACAUCAGCAUCGAUUCUCUAGAUCCAAGUCAUAGGACACCGCUUUUGUGGGCCGCAUAUCAAGGCGACUCUCUAUCGGUCAAAGCAUUGCUUGAGUUCAAGGCGGACUCUUCAAUUGUCGACUCUGGUGGCUUUUCACCUUUACAUUGGGCUACAGUGAAGGGACAACCUCAAGUGAUCAAAGCCUUGAUCGCUGAUGGCGCUGACUGCUUACAAAAGACGAAUGAUGAAAAGGAUUGCUUCAUAAUAUCCAAGGAGUUGAACACAGCAGAAAAUUUGUCCCUUGCUCUAUUAGAAAAUGGACUCAAACCAGACGGUACCCCAAUUGUAAAGUAUCUAAGAAGCCCACAACAUGCGAAGCUCGUUACUUUUAUUGUACCAUUCUUUUUAUUGGGUAUUAUUUUCCAGCUUUUUACGUCACUGCACUACCUGCCGGCAGCUCUACUGUCAAUACUCACAGGACUGGGGAUGAUUCUGGGGUUAAAAAAGCUGGUUUUCCCGUCAUACGCUACCCAAAUAGGCGGCAACAGUUUUUUGAAGACGCCAUUUUGGUCUGGAAUUUUACUAGGAAGCAUAGUAUGGGUCCUCUAUGUUUGGCUAUCCAGGGUUGCGGCUAUUACUUUUGAAGAAGAACCCUUUUUCAACCUUUUUUUCCUUGUCUCUGCAAGCGCAUGCGUCGUGUCUUUCUGCAAAUUGCUGUUUUCAGACCCCGGCAAAAUCUAUAAAGAAGAGGAUCACGAUAAAAUCCGCGAGACAGUCCAGGAACUUCUUCAAGCUGGAAAGUUUGACACACGUCAUUUAUGCCUCGAGACCUAUGUGCGGAAACCGUUAAGGUCAAAGUAUUCGAGGUUCAGUUCGGCCUUGGUGGCCCGGUUUGAUCAUUUUUGCCCCUGGGUUUACAAUGAUAUCGGGUUGAAGAACCAUAAGCUGUUUUUGUACUUUUUGACUUCUUUGAUACUGGGAGCAGUUACCUUCGCCAAGGUUUCUUUCGAAUAUUUUGACUUCUUCGAGGACCACUCCAAAACGGACUUCAAAUGCGGAAUUUUCAGCGAUGAAGUAUGUGCUGGACUACAGCUUGACCGCUUUGCAUUUCUUGUCAUGGCCUGGGCACUUUUGCAAGUCGUUUGGGUGACCAGCAUACUUAUCGCCCAGAUUUUCCAAACCUUCAAGGGCAUAACCAACCACGAGCUUAGUGAAAAGUCGCGGAAGCUACAUGGACACAAUGAUUCUAUCGAGUUUUUCAUGACUACACCUACUGAUCUGAUGGAUGAAGACGAGUUGAAUUCUUUGAACCAAGCCCCGGUAAACGCCAACGACAGCAGACUAAUGAAAUCGCGCACAUGCUUGGGUACUGCAUGCAGGUUCGUUGGUCUAGACCAGCUUCCUGUAAUUUUUUCCGGUGUGAUCAGACGUCAAGCUGGAUCCUCUCCAGCGACAGUCAAAAAGUUUGCAACUGAUAACGGAUGGAAGACCAACCUGAAAGAUUUCUGGCUUCUCAGCGACCGCACCGCCCCGCUCUGGCAACGGAUUUUGUUUUCUCCGCGCGACUUUAAAGCCUUCUACAAUAAUACUGAAGUUGACUACAGAACACUCUACACUUUGCCCGAAGCUACACUACCGUUAGAAGAAAUGGUCUAG